AGACACGCCUUCUUUAAGUGGUGGAGAAUUGCGCGUACUUAGUGCGAAUUUUACGGUACUUCAUUGACACAUAGCGCUUAAAAUCCGGUUGCACUGUUCUUUGAGGCAUUGCACAAAUUACCACAAUAAAAAUGAGUUUCACAACUGAAGAGAGAGGAAACCCCAACACGUCGAAUUACAGAGUAUUUUUCAAAAAUGCUGAAGGAAAAUACAUUUCUCCAUUCCAUGAUAUACCGAUGUAUGCAGAUGAAGCACAGAAUAUCUUCCAUAUGGUUGUUGAAGUACCAAGAUGGACAAAUGCAAAGAUGGAGAUUGCCACAAAAGACCCCCUAAACCCACUGAAGCAAGAUGUGAAAAAGGGCAAAUUGCGCUACGUAGCCAAUGUUUUUCCACACAAAGGUUACAUCUGGAACUAUGGAGCAAUUCCUCAGACCUGGGAGGACCCCGGGCACAAAGAUGGAGACACUGGUUGCUGCGGCGACAACGAUCCCAUUGACGUGUGUGAGAUCGGCACAAAGGUGUGUUCACGUGGAGAAGUCAUUAAGGUAAAGGUACUGGGAGUUCUGGCCAUGAUCGACGAGGGUGAAACCGACUGGAAAGUCAUCGCUAUCAACAUCGAAGAUCCUGAGGCGAAGGAGUAUAACAAUAUUGGGGACGUCAGAAGGCUGAAGCCAGGUUACCUGGAAGCCACAGUUGACUGGUUUAGAAGGUACAAAGUACCGGACGGAAAACCUGAAAACCAAUUUGCCUUCAACGGAGAGUUCAAAGACAAGGACUUUGCCAUUGAAACCAUCAAGACCACCCAUGGCUUUUGGAAAGCCCUCGUAUCCAAACAGACCAAUGCUGGAGGGCUGAACUGCAAAAACACCUGCAUCUCGGGGGGAGACAGUCCGCACUUCUGCUCGGAAGGGGAUGCCAAGGCAGUUGUUGAGGCAACAUGUCCUUGUGGAAAUGAAGAGCCCAUUCCUUGCACAGUUGACAAAUGGUUCUAUUGUGGGAAGAACUAAUCUUGAGAAGAGUACCUCCAAGGUGGACCAGGAUUUGAGGCACCUGUUUAGAACACGUACUUGAAACCCCCGGAAAACAAUAGAACUCAGAAAUCACUAUGGGGUGUGUCUGCGAAAAAAAACCAGAACAAAAACUAGAACAAAAUGAUAGGUAGGAAUCAUUGCUUGGCAAAUUAAUUUAAAUGUAUGUGCCAUUGAACUUGUGUAAUAGGCAGCUGAGCUACAAGUAGGCAGUGGUCUUAAAUGGCUGCUUUAAUAAAAUAAUUUCUGUUUAUGAGA